CUCACCCUGAUGCUGACAUACAGCAACGUGGCUGUCCAUGCUCCAAAAGAGCAGCUUCUCUCCCGAGUAGAGGCAGACAUCACAGGGAAUGUCCUUCACCAUUACAGAACCAGUUGUCAGGUGCUGGGCAUCGCUGUUACGAACAAGGACAUGUACCUAAAAUUAACCCUCAUCCAGAAUGUCAUGGAGAUUAGCUGUGCCAUUUUGGAGACCAGAGACUCCCAGGAGUUCGAAUUCUCUUACAAACUGGAGCUCCUUGGCUCCAUGCUGGAAUCCAGAGCUGUUCAAUCUCACAAGCACCUUGAACCUGAUCUCUAGGGCCUAGGUAGUUUACAGGUUAAGCCACUUCAUCACAGAAACCUAGAAGCACCCUAAUUUGCUCUGCCAAUGA